AUGAGGAUAUAUGCCAUGGACAAGGGUGUGCAUGUUGUCUUCCGAGGAAUGGGGUUUGAUGACAUGCUGGAUGUACAGGCGCUGAAUAUCCGGAAUUCGGCAGAGAACUUUCUGCUGAGCACAUUUUUAUCCACGUUGCAUGAAUCACGCAAUACUUCUUUUGUUGCCGAGUCAGGUGGAUGCAUUGUCGGAUACAUCGAGGCUGUUGCAUGUGCAGACGAAAUGGCUGGCCACAUAUACUCUUUGUGUGUGGAUCAGUGCUUCAGAGGAAUAGGCAUUGGAAAGAAACUAAUAUCUCUCUACUUACAGACGGUCAAAGAAGAGCUAUUCAUUGGAAGCAUGCCCGGUACAAGCAGUGCUUGCAUGCAGCGUAUACAGAUAGAUCUCCAUGUCAGUGUUACAAACCUGAAUGCAAUCCGCCUUUACGAAUCGUUUGGGUUUUUAGCUCAGGAGCAGCCGAUUCCAUACUAUGAGAACAAUGGAUUGGCAUACAGAAUGUGCUUAUGGAUAUGA